AUGAGGUCCGAUCCAAGUACCAGGAAAUCCGACACCCUCUGCGAAUUCCACCAGGAACGCGGACAAAAAACAGAAGAUUGCAUCGCCCUAAUGCAAGAGGUAGUGAACAUGUUGCAGCAAGGGCACCUCAAAGAGCUAUUGACCGAUAAGGGAAGGAGCACAUUCGCCACGGGUCGAGAACGUCAAGGUCCAUCGGAUCUGCCCUCACCAGCCCGCACCAUCAAUAUGAUUAUUGGAGGCAACGAUGCAUCCAUCAAUGACGUCAAGUUCACUGCCACUCACAAGCUCAAAAGAUGGAUCAACCAUGAACGGUAUGGCGGACUCGAAGAAAGCAUCAUUUUUAACGAGUCAGAUGCCGACGAUUUGACUUUCCCUUGCAACGAUGCUCUUGUCAUUACUUUACGAAUUUUAGAUACUGAUGUUAAAUGUAUUAUGGUAGAUCAUGGGAGCGGAGCGUGCAUUAUCAAUCCUCGAGUCCUCUCCCAGAUGAGACUCGAGGACAAGAUAGUGCCACACUGUAUCAUACUAACCGGUUUUGACAAUGCAGUUGAACGGACAUCGAGAUAA